GAAACCCGAUAUGUUCUGCGCACGUGCAGUAGUGCAGCUGCUUCCUCUUAGAUCGUGCUAGGAUGUGUUACCUUCACGGAUUAAGACGAAGAACGAAUUUCGAACAUUCACAGCGAAUAGUUUUCUUUAAAAGAAUGGGGUUAGUUUGGAAGAAUCACAAAACAGAACUUAAAUAAUAAUGUAGAUUAAAAACAUUAUAUGCAGCUUCACUAAUAGUUAAUUAACACAGGAUGAAUGCAUCACUCGUCCCGUAACGAUCGCACCGGUGGGAUGGAAUUAAGUUUUACGUAAUUUGUGUCGUUUACCUGUUUUAAAGUCUGCGUAGCAUUUACGUUUGGUUCGUUAUAUAUUGUUAGUUUAUAUAUUUUAACACAACACGAAACACAUUUUGGCACAUGCGCAGUAGAAAUCGGGGUUUUGAUACGGAUAGGGUAGUGACGGUUACAUCCGGAGGAGUCUGUUCAUCACAGCGCAUCAGCACCAGCGGAGCGGCAGAAACAUCUGGAAGCAGAGAGUUAACAGAGGCGAGGUCAGACCUCACCUCCUCUACUCCAGACUGAGCAGGACUCCUCUGGGCAGAGUCAGAAUGACGGAGGGGACCCGGGUCAUCUACCAUCUGGAAGACCAGGACACUCCGUAUCUGAUCAGAAUCAACGUGCCUGCGCAGCGCGUUACCCUGGCGGACUUCAAACAGGUGCUGAACAAACAAAACGUGAGAUUUUUCUUCAAGUCGGAGGACGACGACUUUGGGGUGGUAAAAGAGGAGAUCAGUGAUGAUGAUGUCAGACUGCCAUGUGUGAAUGGACGAGUCGUCUGCUGGGUGGUGUCCUCAGACACCUGUCAGUCAGAAGUUCAGUCAGUGACCACGCCCACUAGCCUGGCUCCCACAGAGCGAACAGGUGGGAUCGGGCACUCCAGACCUCCAUCCUUCCAUGCUCUAGCUGUUAGUGAACAUGAGAGGUCAGAGGUCACACAAACCUUCUCAGCGCAAAACAGGAGAGAAAAAUAUGUCUGUAACCAAGGUGAGCAUCUGAUUGACCACAUUCACACACGAACAGAUCAGAAUGGAACGGGGACGGGAGUCACAGGUGACAGUCCAUCCCCCCAACAGAGCAGCGAGUUGGAGACGACGAGUUUCUGCUCUUCAGAAGAAGAUUCAGGCGGGAGAUUCAGCCAAUCAACAGAGAACAGCAGCUCCUCGCCACGACUGGUUAGACGACAGCGACGACGGCACCGCAAACCAAAGAACCAACGGAUGGAGAGGCCAGUGUCUCUCAGCAGUGUGACUGACUCCACCAUGUCUCUCAACAUCAUCACUGUCACCCUAAACAUGGAGAAGUAUAACUUCCUGGGUAUCAGUAUCGUUGGUCAGAGUAACGACAGAGGAGACGGGGGAAUCUACAUCGGCUCCAUCAUGAAGGGCGGAGCUGUAGCAGCAGAUGGACGCAUCGAGCCUGGAGACAUGUUACUGCAGGUCAACAAUGUCAACUUUGAAAACAUGAGCAACGAUGACGCAGUAAAAGUCCUGAGAGAUGUUGUCCACCAACCGGGCAGGGAUGUGACGCUAACAGUGGCCAAGUGUUGGGAUCCAAACCCACACAGUUGUUUCACACUGCCAAGAAGUGAACCUGUGCGACCUAUUGACCCUGCUGCCUGGGUUUCUCACACUGCUGCCAUGACAGGGAGACUCCUCCCACACUAUGACAACCAUGAGGACAAACAGCUGACCAUCCACAGUGACAUCACAGCUGUCGUGAAGGCGUUGGCCAAUCCUGAGUCAGGCCUGGAAGUCAGAGAUAGGAUGUGGUUGAAGAUCACCAUUCCCAAUGCAUUCAUUGGUUCGGAUGUUGUCGACUGGCUCCAAAGAAAUGUGGAAGGUUUCACCGACCGGCGUGAAGCCAGGAAGUAUGCGGAGAACCUGUUGAAGGGCGGCUACAUCCGCCACACGGUCAGAAAGGUGACGUUCUCGGAGCAGUGCUACUACGUGUUUGGAGAAAUCUGCGCAGAUCUUGGUCUGUUGUCUCUGGUGGAUCAUGAAGAAGAAUUGGAAGAGGACCAGUGGUCGCCAGCUGUCCUCCAACAUUCCCCUGUCCCUCAUCCCUACAGUUCUCGCCACAUGCUCUCUCAGCUGCCAACCUGGGCAGGAGGAGAAGGUGGAGGCGAGGGAGAAGGAAGUCACCAUGGAAGCUGCAGCAGUGGAUCUAACUGCAGUGAUAGACUUAAGGAGGGCGAUGGGGAAGGAGGAGGAGGAGGAGGCAGACCAGCAGAGACUACGGCUGACAUGAGUGACCAUCAGCCCCUGGCCUCCAUCACCAGUCAACACAGUAACAAAGACUCUACGGCCUCUACGUCAGCUCCAUCACAGAGUCAGGCUCAAGAUUUUUCCUCCAGUUCCAGGCAGUCUGUCAACAACAUGACCUCAGGAAACCCUGCUGAUUUCUUUGUGGAUGUCAUGUAACAAACUGAACUUUAUUUAUUUAUUCGUUUGUUUGGAUCUACUAUAAUCUGAUGUUCAGAGCUGCUGAUUAACUAAACAUACACUGUGAUAUUACCUCAUAUUUAUUUACCUCAUCACUCAACGACAAAUAAAUAAACAUCAGUGACUGCAUUUAAAUUGUUCUUUUCUAUGAUGGGUUAGCACAUUACUGGACUGAGAAUGGGGGGAAUAAGGAGACACAGGAGUGUCGUGUCUGAGGUUAACAAUGAGAUAUCUGUAUUUGUUUCCUUUGCUAUAAAAGCUAAAUGCUGUAAGUAUAUUAUUUUGUUGUAUGUCCAACAAAGGUAAGAUUCUGUUCUACAUAUGUCGUAUUUAAAUGGUAUAUAUUUAUUAAUCGUUUUUGUGGCUGCCAGUUACUUUGAUUUGGUGAUAAAGCUGUAGACUAGAGCUCCACACGUCGGUGUAAAAGUGAUGACAUGCGGAACAAGGUAAUGUUCAACUCGGGGAAGAGACCGACGAGUUGAGAAGCAGGGACGCAUUCCAAUCCUCAUCAUGUAUCGCAUUGUGUGUGUUGAUAAAGCGACAAAAAAGGAAAGAACAGGGCCGAUGUUCGUCUCCGACAUACCAGAGAAUCAGAGUCAAACACAGGGACCUUGCCGGGGAACAUACCGUUUCCUGCAGCAGGGGUAACACAGGAAAAGAACACUGUUUUUAUAAAUGGAACGCGGCCGGUUCGUGCUCUGUCAGCUGACUGUCUGGUCUGUGGCCGACAUCUUACUUCCGAGCGGAGGAGGCGUCUCCUCAGAGAUCACGGUCAAAUGUCCGGAUGGAACGUCUGUGAGGGGUGCAAUUUGACUCUGGGCUUCCGGCUGAAGCCAGUGGCUUUUCUAAAGCCAGGACAUGAAGGACAGACACGGAGGACAGACGUCCCCUGCCCGUGUCUCCGUUUGUCGUCACUGCCGCAGCGGCUCGACUUCGUCUGUGCCGCGAUAACGUUAGCAGGUGAUGCUAACGUGUUUCCUCUCAGAACAGUGAUGGAUGUUCACAUGGCCACACACGCAGCAGCUCCUGACAGACUGAUGUCCAGGCUUUGAUCAUCUUCUGAUCUUCAUCAAACAUCUGUCUGGCAGCUGUUUAUGACCAGGAAGUCGGCAUGACAAUAGGGAGGAGGACGCGAUGACCAACUCUGACCUGGUACAAACAGAUGGAUGAUUGACAUCGUCUCCGUCUCUCAGUCGACACUCCGACCUCUGCGUUGGUUGGACGAUGGCCAAGAGGCCCCUGUAGGGCCGCUGCCAGCGGACAGAAGCAUGAUGGGAAACUGGACAUCUGAGAACUGAGUCCACGUCCAGAUCUUGAUAUUUGAAACAAAAAUCAUUCAUGGAGGGGCUUUCACAUUGUUCAACAAGACAGACAGGUCAUGUGACCUCAGGUAUGUUACAUGACCUGCAGGAACAUAGCAUACAUUUACAAAUAACUUUGAGAAGAAGAAAAAACUCUCAAAGUUAUCUUUAUUUAUUUACAGUACUGCUAUAAAACAAUGAAUGAUGAGAACUUUACUAUUAUUAUUUGAAUUUUAUGUUUUAGAAAUCCAUUACUCUGCUGCUCAUCCUUUGAGUCACUACAGGAACAGGAACUCUGUCAACACAUCUGAAAAAUUAUGGUGACAUUUUUAACUUAAUUUAUUGUUAAAGGUAUUUUCUCCUUAUGGAAAUAUCAGUUUUAGUGAGCGAGUUCUCAACACUUUUAUAAAGAUGAUAUUUUUAGUACAACUGGUGUUUUUAACCAAAGGUAAGUCACUUAGAAAUGGUUCCUAAUUUCAGAUCUUUUCUGCUCGAUUCUGAUACCAAGUGUAACUUAACAAAAAGUUUGAUUUUGGUUGGGUUGUGGUCCUGUUCUGGCUUUGUCUGGUUCAUCAGUUACAUUGGUUUCGUGUUGUUGCAGGUCCAGAACAGGGAUUCUCUGUAUUAUUGAUAAUCCUGAACUUUCUUCAGAUCCAGACCUGACUCUGGUUGCUGUUUGGAUCAGGACCAGCCUUUUGUCCUGGUCCUUCAGAAAGCAGAAUUGAGGAGUCGCAUUUCAGAUAAAACCCUGAUCCAACAUAAACUUCUCAGACAGGGUGUGUCUCAGAGCAGGUUUAUUUUAGUCCAAGCUCCGGGUAAUGGUGAAACCAGCAGCGGCGUCAGGUCGUGGUUCUGUUUGAACAGAUGCUCCACAUCUGCUGCUACACAGAGGAAAACACCUCAGUGUGAUGCUACCUGUGGCCCUCUACUUGGGGGCCCCUGGGAGGCCUUCCUAGACCACAGUCAGUCGGGGUGUUUGUUUAUGUAGUUAGAACAGCUGGAACCUGCAAGGGACCUUGACCUUUGAGGUGAGAUGGUACAGGGUCAAGACUGAAGAAACAACAAACACACACUGGUUUUUGUGUUUUUUAUAUAUUACGUUGUAUUAUCACCUGUUUGCCAUAGUGAAAGCCAUAAGAAAUUUUUGAAAAAGUAAUAUAGUUAAAAAACAGCAACAAUGUAAGGCAGUUAAGAGUAAAAAGAGAAACAGGAACAGCUGAAUGUUAGCCUGUGGAUAAAAUGCCCUUGUAAAUAUGUCAAACUUUGGCCCCUUGAUAUGAAUGCGUCUCUCUCUCUGUCUCCCUCUCUUAUUCACACACACACACCCUUCUCCCCGCCCCUCCGGAGCAACCCCAUAGUAAAUCGAACCUACUUGUCCAAGAACUUUACUCACUUGAUUCCAAAACGAAGGUUCAGAAACGGAUCCGGUCUCUGUCGAACUGGUUUCAUCCUCUCGUGACACAGAGGACCGAUGGGGACAAACGGAGCCACUGACGGGAUUCAUCGUUGAUAAUUCUGGUUUCCUGUUAGUCUCUAUUGGAACCGGGCGCGCUGCGGUUUUACGCGUCUCCAGGGUCGGUAGUGGAAAAGUUCCGAGGGAGCCGGAAAAUUGUUUUAGUUCUGAUGGGAUCACGUGUUGACUGACCGGUCAUUCAUUGACAAUUAACUGAUUGAUUGAUUGACAGAUGAUUAGACCUGACCAUGUUUCCUCUUCAGCUGUGGAUCCUGGUGAUGUUCAUCAUGAAGGUGUGUAGUGACAGCAGCGGGACGUCCAGAUCUGCUGAGCACCAGAGAGUCAAACGGUACGCCAUCAACCCUGUGGGACACAAGUGGACUCACCACAACAUCACCUACAGGAUCAUCAAGUUUCCCAAUACACUCAACGUUGACGACACAAAGAAGGCCUUCAGCAUCGCCUUCACCAAAUGGAGCGACGUGUCUCCUCUUUCAUUUACAGAGGUCACAGACGGAAACAUCACAGCUGACAUCACUAUAGGUUUUUACACCUUCAACCAUACCGACUGUUGGUCGGCUCCCCUCCACCCUUGUUUUGAUGGUCUGAAUGGAGAACUAGCUCACG